GGUGGCUACCGCUGUUCGCGCGCGGUGUCCGGCUCGCGUGAGAGAGGUUAUGGCACGGGUCUGCCCAAUUCCUACCUAGAAUUCCUGGCCAUUGGAGAUCACGUGUGAGAGUGUGUGAGUAAUAUCCCCCAAGAACAAAGGGAAGCCGCCGGGCUACGUUUGGCGGGUUGCAUACGUUACCCGGUCACCUGCCAUACAUUUAGUAUAGUGACAUACAUUUAAUACUUGUUUCCAUAAUUUAAAAUGUGAUUCUGCCGAACAAAUUAGUUUCUUUCGAUAAAACUUGCCGAAAUAUUCAACUGAUAAUUCCACGCCCGGAAUAAACUCACUUUCUCAAGUAAAAAAAUCAACUUUUAUAAGUCCUCCGCUAUACGAUCCCGUGUGUUUUCGGGGUUUACGAACAUUUAACCUCAAACCCAUGGCCAGGUAUGGGUAGAUGGUAUUGGUCUGCCCGGUGUUCGCCUGGAGAGCUCCGCGGAUCGGUGUGUUUUGAACUGUGUUUUCGGGUGACUGUUUAUUAAGGGGGAUGUGUUUUGAGAUGUGCCGGGUGUGUGCGCUACUGGCGGUCGGUGUUUUCUUCUGAACGUCCACACCCACGGAAAAAUUGAGGAUGCAAAGACUUGUGAUGCGGCUAAUUUUAUUGGCUGCGUUCUUGUCUGCCGCUUCUCUUCUCAUCCUGGGCCGCUGUGGGUUACAAGAACAUGAGCAUAAAUCAAUCUUCAAUACAGCUACAGCAGGGAACCCAUCAUUUUACGUAAUGAAAUUGACGACAGAUCCAGUGGUGGCCGACCCGAAAGACAUGAAGCAAGAGAUGCGGCGAUUGCUCACGAAGAUCAGAGCUCUUAAGAUGCAGCUCCUUCAACUGAACGCUCUCGCCCAAGAAUACGGUCUCGCCCUGAGUUCCGACCUGAAGGACCCGCCCCUGGACGCAACGUCCGACUGCGAGUCCCUACUCAAGUCCCAGAUCACCCAGGACCUCCCCAACCACGUCCAGCUCAGCAACGAGUUCGAGGUCUCCCCCUUCAACCACUUCACCACCACCCGCAUCUACCCCACCGAGCUGGGCCUCGGCAAGCGCGUCGUCGAGAAACCCCUCAACGAGAAACGCCGCGACCUCCUCAACGUCAUCGAAGCCUCCCUGACCCUCCUCAACAAGAACCUAACCUCGAACCGCUACACCUUCAACGACUUCCAAGAGGGCAUCUACCGGACCCUCCCGUCGAGCGGCACCCACUACGAGGUCUACUUCCGGCUCAAGAACACCACCGCAAAGAACUUCAGCUACGUCAAAGUGUCGCUCCUCAAACCGUUUCUAUCUGUGAUACCCCUCGCUUCGGACCUGGUCGUUCAAGCGAAGGGCGAAAACCCGAAAGAACUGGUCCACGUCGUUCUACCAAUCUCGAAUAGGUUAAAAACCUUCCAGAGAUUCAUGGAUAAAUUCAUUAAAAUCGGGCUUAGGAUGGACCGUAAUGUACUAUUGACGAUUGUGUACUUCGGCGACCCGGGGUUGAGGAAGGCCGAGAGUAUAGUUACUAAGAUUAUCAGUAAGUUCAAUAGUUUUAAUAACAUUAGGCUCGUGGCUGUGAACGAGACGCUGUCGCGGGUCCGGGCCGUGGAGAUCGCGGUGGAGGUCCCGUGGCCUUCUCUGCAUACGAACAAGGUGCUGCGCGAGCUGGAUGAUGUGUUGUUGUUCGUGUGCGACGCGGAUAUUGUUUUCAGCGCGCGGUUUCUGGACCGGUGUCGAUGGAACUCGGAGCCGGGAGCGAGGGUGUACUACCCCAUUGUUUUUAGUCUGUACAACCCGCAUGUUAUCUACACGCUGCAAGGGAAGCCUGUGCCUUCGGAGACUGACCAGUUGGUCAUAUCGAGGGAUACCGGGUUCUGGAGGGACUUCGGCUUCGGCAUGAGCUGCCAGUACAAGUCUGAUUUUCUGCGAAUGCACGAGCAAUCGGAUAAAUUCUUAAGGCGAGGCCUUGAGGACAUUUCUUUAUACAGAAAAUAUUUGAGGAGUAAAAUCAAAGUCGUCAGAGCAACAGAUCCCGGCAUAUUCCAUAUCUGGCAUCCCAAGACUUGCUCGGAGGAGGAACACAUGUCCGUGGACCAGUAUCGCGGAUGCAUUCGGCUCCGAGCUUUGAACGAAGCGUCGCAUUCUCAGAUGGGCUUCCUCGUCUACCAGAACGAAAUCAACUCUACCAAAUACUCGAGUCAGUUCAGCUUCACCCGGAUCACCAACAAGUCGCCAUCCGAGGAUCCACGACUCAAAUCCAAGCUCACCGCUCUCAACAGCACAAAAUCCUAAUCAGAGGAGUCAAUCAGCUUCGAUGCAGCGCAGUCAAAGCGUCGUUUCCUUUGCGAAAGGAUGUAAUUACAUUUCAAUGUUGCCAAAUUUCCCCUCACACUGAAAAAAAUUGGUAGAAUUUACCCACAGAGUACAUAGAGUCGUAAUGUAAA